CGAUGUGGUUCGUAAAAAAUCUAUUUCAGAUUCAGCGAGUGAGAAUUCAGAGUAUUUUUUGGAACCCCUCAUCGCGAAUUAAUUUUCAUCGAUGUAUGCAUUUACAGGAACACAUUAUCGAUAUUGCGGAUUUGAUCCACAGAAGGCAGCUUUAAUAUUUUUUUAACUUUAUACGAUUUUGGAAUACAGCCCCGCAAAUAAAACAGUCAUUAUCAUAAAUCUGAGUACUUAUUCGAUGCAAUUCUACUUUCUUAAUUUUGAAUAAAAUAGUAAUCGGUAGUUUGCGUAAUAUAUGCAAUGUUACGUGACCUUUGUUGCACUAAAGUAGUUUUGAAACAAGCAAGUACCUGCCAAAAAGUAUGAUUAAAACAAUCAUACAUUUGUAUGUCUUUUUAAAUCGUGACGCGCUGACAUAUGCGCCACUUUAUUUUUUCUAACAAUUUACAUUUUAGGCAACGGUAAUUUGCGCGUUAUGAAAGUGAAAUUCUUCAAAAUAUUUUCAGCAUUGUCAAUCGGUUGAAUAUAGAUAAAUAUCCGCUAUCAAACUUGUAUUAAAUAAUCAUGGACACUGAUGUCCACGUAAACGAAACGAAUUUAGAAGACGAAGAAGAAUUCCUGCCGGAAAUGACGCCAAAGGAAAUCCACUUCCUCGUAAUUCAAACGUAUCAAAAUCUUUCAGCUUUCCGUGAAGAACACGUUAAGUACCGUCGAGGAAAGUAUGUGUAAGUUUAUAAAUGACGUUCCAGAGGCAUUAGCCGACUCUGGACUGGAAGUUAACCUAGAAAAAUUGAACAUAGACGAUGGUAAAAAAAUAGUGGAGCUUCUUCGUUCGUUUCCCAAAUCGUUUAACGAUUUUAAAGCGAGUAAGGAAGAAGAGAAAGAAAAAGUGCUAUCACUGGAGCGAGAGUGUGAGCAACUGCGUGUUGAAUUACAACAACAAAUUGACGGGAAUAAAAAGGCGCAAGAGGAAAUAAAGUACCUGAGAGAACAAAUAUUAAAUGAAAGUACGUACUGUGCAAGUUUAGGGGCGGUUUUGGGCAAUCUAGCAUGGCGCGCCUCCAGAUUCCCAGAGAUAGUCGAUGUCUGGCUUUCCGGGUUUCAGCACAAGAUCGACGAGUUUUUAUCGAUAACGGACGGAAGUUUCGUCGCGUUCAUAAAUACUUAUCGGAACGCGUUCCCGCCGACUUGCAACGUCGAGUACGAAUUUAUAAGCAGUUUGUUAGGAAUCGUGACGAAUAUCUCGGCGACUCCCGAAGGACGGGAAUUUUUAAUCACCAACAGAAACGGCCGAGAUUUCGUACAGAAGAUGAUUAAGCUCAUGCCAGCUCUACCGGUUUCGCAGGGAUCUCUUUCUUUACAAAAGCUGAUGCUGAUGAUAUUCUACAACGUGAGUAUGAACAAGACCGGUUUACAGCAUCUGUUCGAGUCACAGAUAUGGGAACCAUUGAACCAUUAUUUGAGAAACAAUUCACUGCCAAACAAAAUGCAGCUGCUGUGUCUGCGGGUGCUGCAAUCGAUUACGUACGAUCUGACUAACCCGAAAUAUAUUCAGAAGUUGAUCGCGACAUUGCCGCUCGAUAGAAUAGAGGAUAUCGCGACGUCGAACGAGGACGGAAUGAACACCGUCGCCAAACAAGUAAUAAAACAUUUGCGAGACUCGCAGAAAGUCCUGAGUUCCAAUUAAAACGCGUUACGCGUGGUUUAACGUUGACCAUUGCAAUUUUUAUGUACAUUAAUUUACAGUUGCCAACAGGAAAAUGAAAUGUUGUUUAUGUAAUGCGAAUUAUACGUAAAGAAUAGACAAUGUUUGUAUUAGCGAAAGUAAGUGGGGGACCAUGAUAGAUCUUGCCCCUCCAAAAUGUACAUUAUCCCUUCCACCUCUUACAAAUUAUUCGAGUAAUAUUUUCAUUACGUAAACGGUAUGUUAGGAUCGAACGACACUAUAUACUUGAAAGUUAAUGUAAAACUGGGGGACCUAGUCUAACCUAGACAAAAGUCCUAGUUACGCUAAUGAAUGCUGGUGUUCGUGGAAUUGAAUGACGCGUUAGGGUGCGUUUAGAUUGGACGAGCAAGAACAAAAGCAUUCGUACUUGUUGGUUAGUAAAUUGAAUCGCAUAGAAUUAAUUGAAAUCAACGCGAUUAAAUUUUACAUCGUUCAAUUCCAUAAGAUUCAAUGCAUCGCGUCCCAAUUUGGGCAGUUCCACGUAAUGCAAUUUCACACGAUUCACUCCUGCGGGAUACAAUUCUACACGAUUCAAUUCAUUGUACCGAGCAUUCGAAAGCUUAGUUUAAACUCCUCGAACAUUGGCUCGCAUUCGAUUGUUUGCAGUGACCAAACAAUUUGCUAAAUGGUCAUUUAGUUAAACAAGUACAAACGAUUGCUCUGACUCUUGUAGCGUAGUUUUACUCGUUUAAAGAAAACACACCCUUACACCGGUACGCGAAUUGAACUGCUAUCAAACAUCAGCGUAUCCUUGAAACGUGUUCGUGACUAGUCUGGAGAACUGUCGAAUAUCGAUCUGCUUUAAUGCAGGCAGCUCCAAAAUAAAAGCAAUCGCGCGGAAUAGCGUACGGAACAGUACGAAAAUCGAUUAUGCAUACAGUUAGACGGUAAAACGUAUAUCGAGCGGAUGAAUAUCUUUCUAACCGAUUAAACCGAUUAAAAAGAAGUAUCUUCUAAUAGAAUAAACAGCAUAUUUUGUUGAAUGAAACGAUAAAGCGACCGAAAUGAUCAAACGAAACAUUUUUAUUUGUACUUUAGAUAAAAAGGCAUUAGAAUACGUUUGAAGUACUUACCAAUUUUACUGUACUCGCAAUUAGUAUGCACGACGCAUUCGUAGAAGGAUGCGCUACGAGGAACGUCUAACAAUGUAUGUCUAAAUUUCAUUGAGCAUCGAUGGCCUUCAAGCUUUGAAGGUUGCGUCAACGAACACCGCAGUGUCGCGUUACCAACUUGCAACCCUAGCGUAAAAUGUUCACGCGUGUGUAUGUUUUGCACAAUUGCAAUCGUACUCACGCUCACAAUCCUACAGUAGCUGGCACCGCAAAUUAUCUGUACUUUGCAGCAAACCCAGUUAAAUUGAUUGUACUACAUCGAUAGUACGUAUCAAGGUGUCUACAUAUUUGUUAAAUAAAUUGAACACAGAUUUAUUUUAAUAAAAAUUUAUUGUAUUCUUCCAACUUUUAUUGUCAUAUAGUCGUGUACAAUAAAACGAAAGGUUAUAGGUCAGAUGUGAUUCACGAUAGUAAACUCUACAUCGAUUGUAUAAAAAAAAGCACACCUUCCGUUUAGAAUAGCAAAGAAUAGAAGUCCGCAUGUUUCAUUAUCCCGCAUAAAGAGAUGGGGGAGAAUUGUAAAUGAUAGAGACACAAAGGGUAUAGAUGCAUUGGCGGGAGUAAAUACUAAAUAGAUAUUAGGAUGGGCCCAUUCUUUUAGAUAUGAACUGAACCAUUAUGUAUAUUGCGAGGGAUUCAGAAUGUGGGACACAUAAUCCAUACGAGAAAUUUGAAAAUUUUCCAAAAUAAUAGAUCCGAAGUUUGUAAAAUAUUGAAAUCGAAGAAUUGGGAAAUUCGUAAAGGAGACCUAGCGAUGUCAGGCGUGGGGUGUUGACUCUGUCAGUAUCGCCAGGGUGCUGGCCCACCCCACACAAAGAUGCUAGUUACGCCAAUGUAGAAAUGCACGCAAUACCGACUAGCUAUCGCGUCGAUAAUCGAGCUGCGCAAGCUCGCGGGUAAGCGCCACACGGGGGCGUGCGCGACGAAAGAUCGCGCAUGCUCUUUGGAGAUGUUCGGUGUCGAGCGGCCGUGGCAACAAGGGUGAGGGUGGGGGGCACGCGUCGCGACGUCCGGCGUCGCGUAAACGGGAGA